AUGGAACUGCAUGUCCCAGAGCAACCAGUAGUGGCGCUGCACGGCAGUGAUGUCACGCUCAACUGCUCCUUCAACCAGACAGUUCCCUUCAACUUGUCUGAUGUUAGUGUUUUCUGGCAGCUGACAGACACUAAACGCAGUGUGCAUGGGUACAGCAAGGGACACGACCAGCUGGUAGACCAGGCAGAGGCCUUCGCCAACCGUACCAGCCUGUUUCCUACCCAGCUGGGCAUGGGCAACGCCUCACUUCGGCUAAGCAGGGUGCUCGUGGCCGAUGAAGGCAGCUAUACCUGCUUUGUCAGUGCGCAAGGAUAUAGCAGUGCUGCUUUGCUGCUGCAGGUAGCAGCUCCCUACACCAAGCCUGUGUUGACUUUAGAGCCUGAAUCCAACUUACGUCCGGGUGAUGAGGUGGCUCUGACUUGUAUAGCAUAUAGAGGGUAUCCUGAGGGUGACGUUAUAUGGCAGGAUGGAAGUGGACGUAAUUUGACAGACAAUAUCACUUUGUCUGUUGUGGCCAACGAAGAAGGGCUGUUCACAGUGACCAGCGUUCUAUCAGUUGUGCUGGAGCCCAACAGCACCUACAGCUGCCGGAUAAUCAACCCACUGCUUGGUGAGGAGGGCUUCGGAUUUGCCACAAUUUCAGUACCUACAUUGUCAUUUUAUUGGUCUUUGAUGGUCCUCUCCUACUUCCUGCCUCCAACCAUGCCUCCCUGUCUCUGA